UGUGUUGUGAAGUGUCAGUGUCACGAAUUGUUGUGAUUUUGAUUUUAAUUCAAUCAGUGAAAUAUAUUUUUGAAUAAUGAAUAAUUCUGAUUAAUAUUUGUUCUUACCUUGCGGGGAAAAUGAAACUUAUAAUAUAUAAGUCAUCAAAAAAUACAGCUUCUUUAGUUCCUUUAUACUUUAGUCUAAUAUUAAUUAUAUUUGCAGCAGUAGUGUCUCCUGGAGCUAAUGACCUACAUUUUAGUGAUGGAUCAUCUACAGCCGAUGCGAUAGCAGGAGAUGUUUUUUUUGAAAUCUUAGACCCACCUGAACUAAGAUAUUCAUACCGCAUUAGACCGGCCAAAGAUUUUGGUGCACCCUUUAAUGGAAGUCUACAAUUUGAGAGGGCUCGUUUGGUUCCUACAGUGCCUUUAGAUAGCUGUUCAGACAUUAUUAAUCAUGAGGACAUUGUAGGACAUAUAGCACUAUCGGAAAGAGGUGAAUGUUCUUUUGUAUUCAAGACAGCUAAAGCUCAGCAGGCUGGUGCUAGAGCAAUGAUUAUCACUGAGUCAGUGGAUAAAUGGGAUGAAUCACUGGACCAUCUUAUUGAAAUGGUGGAUGAUAAAAUGGAGUUAGAUGUGAAUAUACCCGCCGCUUUCUUACUUGGACGGAGUGGUGCCACCAUAUUGCGGACAUUGAGACGCCUACGGAAAAGUUACGCAAUAGUCAACUUGCCAAUUAAUAUGACACAUGUGCCUAUUAGUAGAAUGAAUCAACCGCCAUGGAUUGCAUGGUAGGAUGGUAGCAUUCUAGUUUUAUUGCUUACCUGUGAUUAAUUCACUUUGAGUGGAUAUUUAUUUGUUGUUAUGUUAUUAUGGCUUUUACCAAAUUAUUUGAUACCCAAAAGUAACAAAUUCAUGAACAUUUAAAUAAUUCAUACAAUAAUAUUUUUACAAUAAUUAGAAAUGUAUCCUGAGUGUUCUAUACUAUUGGCAGGUCAAUUUGAUAAAAAAAAAAUAUUCUCAUCUUACAUGAAUAAGCAUUUAUAUGAACUUUCUUAGAUUUUUGUUUAUUCCUCUGCUUUAGGUUGUCUCAUAUUGCAAAACUUGUCACCUUUUUACAGAUAUUGCUAGACUCUAAAAUGACUUAAUUAUAGAAAAAAAUUUACACAAAUCUGUCACUAAAAAUUAUUGUGACAUAUUAAUAAGAAUCUCAUUCUAUGAUUAAAGUUUAAAAUCCUUGUCCUAACUGUUUCCAUUUAAAUUGAAUGAUCAUUUUGAAGAAUAUAAAAUUGUUCCAUUAUAUUUUUAUAUUUUUUUUUUAAAAAGGUUAACAAUGAUUACUAAUAUAUAGAAGCUAGUACUGAAACAAAACUAUCGAAUGUAUUGGAAAAAAUAUAUUUGUUUCUCCUGUGGUAGCUACUCUUUUAUGUAUGUUUAUAUAGUCAAUAUUUAAAUGGUAUGUAUUAAACUCUAUUAAUAUAUUUUUGUUGUAAUUUAAUAGAAUGAUUGUGUUGACGUAUGUUACCAAGAAUUCAGUAUUUACAAGGGUAAAGCCAUGUUUGUUAUUUGUUUGUACUACACAGUUGGACAUUUGUCGUUUAUUUGUAGGAGAUAGUUUUUACAUAGGUAUUUUUUUUGUGUUUGUAUAAAAUUAUUUGUAUGUUUUUUUCUUUAUGGAAAAUGGAAUUUUGUUUCUCAUCAUGGCGUAAAUAUUUUUAUAAUGUCAUCUAUUAUUUUGAGUAAAUAUUACAGUUGUAACUGCUACAUGGCAUUGUAGACAGUAAGUGAAGUCUAAUGCCAAGAUCUAUAAGACAAAAGUAGACAGAUUUUAAUAAAAAAAAAAAUUUAAAAGAUGAUUUUUAUUGAAGUACCUAUCCUAUAAGGCUAAAACUAAGUAUUCGACUAAUAUUAUUAAUGCUAGAUUCCUGGAAUCAAAUUGAUUUUUAUUUUUUAAUUUCAGCUUUUUUAUGGUCCAUCAUUAGAAAACAUCUUUUCAUUUUUUUUUAUUAUUUUUAAGAUCUCAAUAUGGUGAGGUAAUAAAGAGUAAGUGGUA